AUGGACCUUGCGACCAAGACCAUGAAGGAAGAGACGACUACGGCUUAUGGUUUCGCGGACUCUUCGGUCUCAUCAUCGUACGAGGCUCCGUCUGCGGCCGAUGGCGAUGUCGCUCGUGGAGAAACGAUUUCGAAGCUCGAUUUGCGCCGGAGAGCAGGUCGAAUCUGGUCAUACUUGUGCACCACAGAAGCGUGGUUCGGCAACUACGACUACUUGUACCUGGUCACGCCCAACAUCCCGCCUUUCAACCGCAAAUACAAAGACAAGUCCAUCCCGUUCUACGGCCUGAAUGACGAGGUGCCCAUAUUCCUGACCAUCCUGCUCGGCCUGCAGCACGCCCUGACCCUGAUCGGGUCCAUCGUGACGCCUCCACUGGCCGUCGCGGCAGGCGCCUUCAAUUUGCCGACCAACCAGGUCUCGUACCUCGUUUCGGUGGCAUUCAUCACCACGGGAAUCGCGACGGCGCUGCAGGUGACUCGGAUCCAUGUCCGGGGCACUCCCUUUUUCAUUGGGACAGGUCUCUUGUCUGUCGUGUCCAAUACGUUCGACAUCAUCGCCGUCGCCUUCACCUACACGGGCAUGCGAUAUAAGAACGGCACCUGCCCGGUGGCCGCGGACGGCACUCAGCUUCCCUGUCCCGACGCGUACGGCGCCCUUCUCGGGUCGAUGCUCGUGACUGUGUGGAUCCAGAUCCUGAUGUCCAUGAUCCCGCCGCGCUUUCUGAACAGGAUCUUCCCCAAAGUCGUCACGGGGUCGCUGCUGCUGCUAGUCGGCGUGUACCUGAUCAACAGCGGCAUGCAGAAUUGGGCCGGGUCCUCCAACUGCAACAACGGCACCGGUUUCUACGCGCUGUGUCCAAACAUCUCCAGUCCGAAGCCGCUGCCGUGGGCGGACCCGAAGCUCAUUGGCCUCGGCUUCAGUGUCUUUGUGAGCAUCGUGGUGGUGGAGCAGUUUGGCUCGCCCAUGAUGAAGUCGGCCGCAGUGCUGAUCGGCUUGAUCGUGGGCUGCAUCGUCUCCGGCGCCACGGGCUACUGGUCGAGCGAGAACAUUGACAACGCUCCUGUCGUCACUUUUCUUUGGGUUCACACCUUCAAGCUGUCGGUGGACGGGGCCUUGAUCCUGCCCUUACUCAUCAUGUUCAUCUGUGAAGGUGUCAGCUGCAUGCCCGACAUCCUGGCCACGGCCGAAAUCUCCGGCGUCGACGUCGAAGGCAGCGAAUUCAACAGCCGCAUCCAAGGCGGCAUUCUGUGCGAUGGCCUCGGUAGCCUCAUGAGUACCUUGGGCACGGGUCUUCCUAUGGUUUCCCAAGCCGGUAACAACGGCACCAUCGUGCUAACCGGUUGUGCUUCUCGACGAGCAGGCUGGGCGGCUUCCGUCUUCCUGAUCCUCAUGGGCUUCUUCGGCAAAUUCGGCGCCGUCUUCAGCGCCAUGCCGCCCUCCGUGCUCGGGGGCAUGCAGGUCUUCCUGUACGGCACCAUCGCCGUAGCCGGAAUUCGCGUUCUGGGCAUGGUCCCGUUCACCCGACGCAACCGCUUCAUCUUGACCGUCGCGCUCGGCAUCGGGUUCGUCGACAUCGUCACGCCCACCUGGUUCGACCAGAUUUUGAACUACAGCGGCUCCAACGUCCACCUCCAGGGCUUCGAGCAGGGCCUCAACCUGAUCGUCGAGACGCCGUUCAUCAUUGCCGCGGUGAUUGGCGUUUUCCUGAACCUCGUUCUGCCCAAUGACAAGAGUGCCAUGGACGCCAGGAUGAACCUCAACACGACGAAUUCGAAGGGGGAAGUCAUCGCUCUGCCGCAGGUGGAGGGGAGGGGUGAAUAA